CCACCAAUUCCUGACUCCUCGCGUGUGGAAGCCGCGAGGGGCUCCAGGCAGCUCCUCGCACGGAGCUGGUGCACAACACACCGUUUGGCAGGGCUCUUGCUGCGUUUGUAACUCUGCCAAACAGGGCCUCUGACCAUUCGCCUUCCCAGUUCUUCCACACGGUUCCGCCACAAGAAAGCUCGCCGCCCUCGCGAUGGCGACGGCGGUCGCCAGCCCCGGCCCCACCACGCUGAGGAUGAAGCUCCUCGUCGACACGAGGGCCCAGCGCUUGCUGUUCGCGGAGGCGAGCAAGGACGCCGUCGACUUCCUCUUCUCCCUCCUCGCGCUGCCGGUCGGCACGGUGGUCAUGCUGCUCGGCCAGGACGCCGUGCCCGGCAGCGUCGGCGGCCUCUACGGCAGCGUCGAGAACCUCGAGCGUUCCUACGCCCGCCCCGGCGUCGACAUGGACGCGCUCCUCCGCCCCGUCGUGCCCCCGCCGGCGGCCGGCUCCGUCGGCCCCAUCCUCGGCCUUGUCGACGUGAGCGCUCGCCCCAGGUGCCCGUCCUGCGGCGGCAGACCACCGCGGGAGGCGUCGCAGGUGACUUAUGCGACUGGCGGCAGCCACGGAACUCUUACCAUCUUGAUCCCGACGGUGGAUCCCAGCGAGGUGUUCGGCUUCGGCCGGAACGCUGCGGCAGGAGGGUUCGUGCAGGGCAACACGACGUACACGGUGAUGGACGACCUCGCCGUCGCGCCCAUGUCCACCAUCUCCAGUAUCUCCAUCUUCAACGCCAUGGCGAUGAGGGAUCUCGGCGCGGUGCAGGAGAGGACCGUGCACAUCGGCCACGCGGAGGCUCUGAUGAUCCUCAAGGCCUCGCUCGAGUCCAAGACCAUGCUCACGGAUGUCUUCCUCCGCGGCAGGGCUCCUGCCCCAGCCAUGCUAGCCCGUCGAGGCUGCUGGUGUGGUGUGUACACUGCUGGCUGCUGCACGGAGUCGAUCGGCGCGCCAGCUUAAGAUCGAUCCUUCCUUGCCUCGUGCUGCUGCUGUGUUUAGUUCUGAACUGAACUGAAUGUUAGGUAUCACUGUUCGGUUGGCUUCGUCGUGUGAAUGUGUGAUGCUGCCGGUGGAUUAGGAGUCAAAUCAUCUUUUGGUACUCGAAUCAUGUCUUUUGGAGUUUAGUGUCACUCUUUUGUAGCACUUUUGUUGGGUGCUGAUGGAUGUACCAUUAUGACUGGGAAUUUGCUGUUCUGUGCUCGCCUGCUUUCACUAUAAUCUGUACGCACCUUGCGGCAUUGUGUCGCCGCUC